UUCUAACAGCCAUAUAUGUUUUUUGGUUUAAAAAAUAUUUAGAAAUUUAUAAAUAAAGGAAAUAAUUUAAUGUACCUAAUCCUUUAUAUUCAGGCGACAAUGGCCAAUAGAUAAACGAACAUAUUAUAUACGUUAUUAGGUUAUUAUAACUAAAACCUAAAUAAUGACAAUUAACUAAGGUACACAGUGGCUCAGAGCAACUGAUUGCUACGUAAGUUGUAACAUUAAAAUAAUAUUACAGGAUGUAAUAAAGAAACUAGCAGACGUAGAUAAAAUCCUCCUGCUAUGCAUGGAGACAGCUAAUCAGAAUAUGGACAAAGUAGGAGAGGCUCAGUUGAACCAAACACUGUUGCUCAAAGUUACUAUGGACUUGGUACCCAAGUUGGUGGAGGCACUGAACGGCGCUGCUAGUGGGAGGCUGAGGAAAAUUAAAAUGGACUUGGAGAAUCCGCACUACAAUGAAAUAGCGGAACGUAUAAAAAGGAUAAUUCAAGACGACGCUCACUUAGAAAAGGGCGCUAUGGGCAGUCUUCAACGGUGUUUCGCGGUCAAACCGGACAUCAAUGGACUUCUGGAUGUAGCCAGAAGAACUUAUUCUGAGCUCAUAGAAGAUAUACAGAAGAUUGUGGAACAGCUCAGUGAGACAUAUGACCUAACUUUACGGUUGAACCAGAAUAUGAUGAAAGGCUUCCACAUCGUGCUGCCAUUGGCCCCGAAGAGUAGGAGGUGUUUCAACAUAGAUGAUCUGCCGCCUAUAUUUAUACAGGUUCAUCACAGUGGUGCAAGUGUUACAAUGACAACGGAGGAACUAGUGGUAUUGAACCAACAAGCCAAAGAGUCUUUGAAUGAAAUACAAAAAAUGAGCAACAUGUUCGUAUUUUUAUUUAAUUUUAUUAUUGCAACAUCAAUCUAAAGAAAUCAGAGUUAUUUCCAGUUUACUGAAAGAGCUUCGUCCAUUCAUGCCAAGUUUGUACACGCUUUGCGAAAAUGUCGCAGAGUUGGACGUUCUACUGGCUUUGGCUCAAGCCAGUUCUGUUGGCUCAUACAUUCGACCUGAAUUCAACAGUUACAUGGACGUAAGAAAUAGCGUGCAUCCCCUUUUGGAUUACAACAGUCAAGUCAUGCCUGUGCCUAAUGAUAUUUUUGCAACUCCUGAACACAAUUUCACUAUAAUUACUGGACCAAACAUGGGAGGCAAAAGUAUAUACAUAAAACAAGUUGCUAUUAUGCAAGUUAUGGCGCAGAUUGGUUGUUUCCUUCCUGCUACAAAUGCCAUCUUAAGACUUUCUGACAGAAUUUUCUCAAGAAUAGGUUUCAAUGAUAGCGUGGAAUUGAAUGCUUCGACUUAUGUAUUUGAGAGGCACUUGUGUGGAAGAAGGGACGAGUGUAGCAUGGGCUAUCUGUGAAGAACUGAUUAUAAGCAAUGCCUUCACAUUCUUCACGACACAUUUUAUGUAUCUCACCAGACUGCAAGAACAUUAUUUUAAUGUUGUCAAUCGACAUACUGCAGUUACAGAAGAAGAAACAGGCAACCCAGAAAAUCCACAAAGACGAUUGGUUUACCAACAUAAAAUUGAACUUGGUGUCACUAAAAUAGAACAUUACGGACUUACUCUGGCUGCUAAAACUAAUCUCCCAGAAGAUACAGUUAAAUUGGCUACGGAGUUAGCUGAAAUAAUCUCAAGCAACACAAUUGCGCAAGAAAUCAGGACUCCACAAAAUAAUGAUGCUCAAUGUCUUUAUGGUCUCAAUGCAACCAUUCAACAAGAAUUUAGGAAAAACGGCAAUUCAGAUGAGAUUGUAAAGAAAAUAUUUCAUAAAUUCAAAGAAGACAAUCCACAAAUAAUUAAUAGAAUAAAUGCCCAGAACAGAAGAAGUGAUAAUAGAACUGAUACAAGUGCUGAAUGUUCUUACGUGCCAUAUUCUAAAGAAAAAUCAACAAUAUCUAACAAUCUAAGUGACAAUGAAAGUAUAAUUAAAAAUGUACCUACACCAAUAGUUAGAUCUCCUGCUGAACAUUUGGAAUUGGUUGACGACGUUGAACGCACGAAUUAUCCCUCAGUACAAUCAUCUGAACAUUUGCUAAAUAGCGUAAUACAUAAUGAUGCUUCUGCUGAAGCAGAUAACCCAAAUACAUCAGACAUAGAAAUGGUUGGAAGCGAUAAUGAUGAAUUAGCCAAUAUAGAACAUAAUUUUGACAAUGACCAAAUACAAAAUUCUAUUAACAAUAAAAUUGAUGGUCAUGAUACACCUCCCGGUAACAUUAUUGAAAUGAAUCGGGAAGAUACAGCCAUAGAAACUAGCUCUAUAGAUUCUGACAUUGCAGAAGCUCUAACGCAAAUAGUUGAAGAAUAUUCUUCUAAAAAUGUGACUCGUUCUCAACAAAGCAGUGAUAUGUCUAUUGACGAAGAUUUACUAAGCGAAACGAUAAACGAAAUUAAUGAAGAACUUUCAAAUGGAGUUAAUAGCGUAGAAAAUAUUAUUCUUACACCACCAAUGAGUUUUCGUGAUAUUAUAUAAAAUAAGUACAUAAUAAAGAAUGUGUUACAUUUAUUUGUUUUUU